ACAGAAAGUGCAGAAAACGCCAAGAGAGAAAUGCUUACACAGGGAUCUGUUGAAUCCGUUUUCGCUGACGUGCAGGAGAAGCAGUUUGUCUUCACCCGGCCACCGUCGCGUCAGCGUUGCGGAGUAUUUUGUCCGCCCAUCGCCGCCGUCCCAGAUUAGUCAGAGGACCGUGUGUUUCGGAGGAGCCGGCUGGUGCUACCGGCACCAUGGAGUCCCCUUUUAGUCCGGGACUCCCUCACCGACCGGGUGAAGACUGGGAUUCUGCUCUGUUUGCUGAACUUGGCUAUUUCACAGACACUGAUGACCUGCAGUUGGAUGCAGCACAUGAAACUUAUGAAAACAAUUUUGAUAAUCUUGAUUUUGGUUUGGACUUAAUGCCAUGGGAGACAGGCAUUUGGGAUAUCAACAACCAAUUCUGUACAGUUAAAGAUGUCAAGGCAGAACCUCAGCCGCCUUCUCCAGCCUCCUCGAGUUGUUCAGUGCCGUCUCCUCAGUCGGUGGACUCGUGUUCUUCAACUCGGCACGUUCCUGAGGACUUGGAUCUGUCUUCUUCUCAGAUGUCUCCCCUUUCCUUAUAUGGUGACGGUGCCAACAGUCCCUCCUCAGCAGAGCCACUUAAAGAAUACAAGCCUGUCAUUGGUCUUAGGAGCAAAACUGAACAUGGAAUGACUCCAAAGAAAAAAAUUCACAUGAAUUCCAAACCUUCGAUUCAGCCCAAGCCUUUAUUACUUCCAGCAGCACCCAAGGCUCAAACAAACCCCAGCGUCCCAGCAAAAACCAUCAUUAUUCAGACCCUACCAACACUCAUGCCAUUGGCAAAGCAGCAGCCAAUUGUCAGUAUACAUCCUGCAUCCACUAAAGGUCAGACCAUAGUGCUCUCUCAGCCUACUGUCAUGCAGCUCCAGGCACCUGCAGUUCUGCCCUUGCCCCAGCCCGUCCUCGCUGUCGCAGGGGGAGCCACACAGCUACCUAACCACGUGGUGAACAUAGUACCAUCUCCUGUGGCGAGCAGCCCAGCAAAUGGAAAACUUGCUGUGACUAAACCUGUCCUACAAAGUACCGUGAGAAGUGUGGGUUCAGAUAUUGCUGUGCUAAGGAGACAGCAGCGUAUGAUAAAAAAUCGCGAGUCUGCUUGUCAGUCCCGCAAGAAAAAGAAAGAAUACAUGCUGGGGCUGGAGGCAAGGUUACGGGCUGCGCUCUCGGAGAAUGAGAAGCUCAAGAAGGAGAACGGAUCGCUGCAGCGGCAGCUGGAUGAAGUCCUCUCGGAGAACCAGAGGCUCAAAGUUCCUAGUCCGAAGCGAAGAGCUGUCUGUGUGAUGAUAGUACUGGCAUUUAUAAUACUGAGCUACGGACCCGUGAGCAAACUAAUUAGGAAUUUAAGAUGCAAGGAGACAUACUUCAUGCAUGUGUGUUUCAGAUACGAUCAUUCUGUUUCAAACGACAAAGCCCUGAUGGUGCUAACUGAAGAACCACUGCUCUAUAUUCCUCCUCCUCCUUGUCAGCCACUGAUUAACACCACAGAGUCUCUCAGGUUAAAUCAUGAACUUCGAGGGUGGGUUCAUAGACACGAAGUGGAAAGGACAAAAUCAAGAAGAUUGAUGAAUGACCAACAGAAAACACACAUUCUUCAGGGUGCUCUGGAACAGGGCUCAAAUUCUCAGCUCAUGGCUGUCCAAUAUACAGAAACCACUAGUAUCAGUGGGAACUCAGGGAAUGAGCUACAAGUAUAUUAUGCUUCACCCAGAAGUUACCAAGACUUCUUUGAAGCCAUCCAUAGAAGGGGAGACACAUUUUAUGUUGUGUCAUUUCGAAGGGAUCACUUGCUGUUACCAGCCACCACUCAUAAUAAGACCACAAGACCAAAGAUGUCAAUUGUUUUACCAGCAAUAAACAUAAAUGAGAACGUGAUCAAUGGACAAGAUUACGAAGUGAUGAUGCAGAUUGACUGUCAGGUGAUGGACACCAGGAUCCUCCACAUCAAAAGCUCCUCCGUUCCUCCUUACCUCCGAGAUCAGCAGAGGAACCAAACCAACACCUUCUUCGGUUCCCCUCCAGCAGCCCCGGAGGCAGCGCACGUUGUCAGCACCAUCCCCGAGUCACUACAGUAGCGCCCGGGGCUGCACUGGAAAACUAAGAGUGGGACCUUGCCUCACCGCAGCGCAGGUGAGGGAUGCUGCUUUCUGCCCCCUGGCGGCGAGCACUGCCCCGCAACAGAGUCAGGGGACAGAGAGGAAAAAAAGAAGCUGCUCUAUUUUCCACCAUCUGCCCACCUACUUGGAAAGCACUGAAAUCAGAUACAAGGGGAACAGCAUUUCUCCAGCGGCAGAUCCGGCCCUGCACCCUCGAGCGUUGCCUGGUGUGGAUUUUUUUCUGUACCUUUCUAAAUUUAUUCCCUCUGUGUUUUUGUGUUUAAGUAGUCAUCUUCUUUCAAGUAAGAUCCACCUCCCCUCUUCUGCCAUUUCAGUUAUUGAUACAGUAAAGGGAUUUUUAUUUAUGGCUGUGCAGCACUCAGAUGCGUCCACGGAUGAGAGUCCCCAUCAGUUUGAUGCAGACCCAUUGUGGAUAUUGUGCCCGUAGGAAAACAGAUUCCAAAAACAGGGCAGCCAGAAAGGUAUCCCCAAGAGUCAAAACAAUUCGGAGCUUUAGGUGAGAGGGAAAAUCCGCAUUUGAUAAAGUUUAUGUUGGCUUGGAAUUUGCAGUUCACAUCUGACCCUACACAUGGUAACUGCCUCGGGGUUCAGGGUGGGUGGCAAAUCUGAGAAAAGGAAAUGGAAGAGAAGGGUCAGUGGGGGCCUCUGACAGAGGAGUGGCUCCCCCAGGACACGCGUUCGCAGCCCCGAGUUUGGUGCGACUGCCGUUUAAGAUGAAAGCUGCAGCUGCCAUUUGUCGGGCAGACUCUGUGCUGCUGAGCAUUGGCCUCCAUACUCAGGUCUCCCCGUUACCCAUCAGCUGCAGAUCGUCCUGGAGCACAGGACAAAUCCUUCAUUUUAUUGGGACCCCCUCCGCUCUUCACACCUGUCAAUGUGGUGACACCAGGUACAGCGGAGGAACACCUGGUGGCUUUAGACUAAGCAAACGAGAGCUUUUUCUCUAGAGGAUUGACAAGUAUUUAUUCCUUAAUACUAUGCAGACAGGCAGGCUUGGGGUCCUGCUAGGGAAUGCAUCCCAUAAUAUGGCAAUAAUUUUCAGUCUCCCCAGUAAAAAGGCAUGUGAAAGGAUUAACUAUUUGUCUUCCUGUGGUUAAAAAAAAUACCAAAAAAAAAAAAAAACCCUUCUGUGUUCAUUUCUACUUCACUGUCCUUUCACUCAGCUUUUCUGCCUGGUGUCCCACCUUCAGUUCCUUCCUCCCAUGAAGCUUCGGUUUCUCACGGGAACUGACGGCGAACAUGGCCUCCCCCCGAACAGGCCUGCCUCUCUCAGAUGUCUUCCCUCCCGUCCCACACUGUCAGCCUCUUCCUCCAGAGGCUGGUAAGGGAAAGAGGCAUUGUCUCAGCUCCUCCAGAAUCACCUGCAGCCAGUUGGCUGCCCGUGAAGUUAGGCUCCCAAAUGAUCUUGAAGAAUCAUGAGCACUUGGAACUCCCGGCUAGGACGCCCCUCCACCCAAGCUCGUUCCAUGCUGUCUGGCGAAACCAGCCACACUUUUGUGAGGGGCAGAAGGGCCCUAUGGCUCUCUUACCUGGGAAGCGUCUGUCAGGGGUCUUGGGACCCGCGCGUGCAUACCGUGGUACGUCAGCGCAGCUCUCCCCGUGCUUUGGCUGUCCGGGGAGAUUUCCAGACAAGAGCCAUUUUCCCUGGGAACCAUUCCUCCUUCUAAUGGGUGCCGAGGAACGGAAGACCCUUGGGCUGCAGGGCAUCUUCUCAUGGACUGUCUUCUCCUGGCCCUGCCCUUUCCCACCCUGUCCUGUGACUUAGCCAAACGAGCGACGGUGACUGGCCACGUGGCUGUUCCCGAACUGCUGGUUUCCGGGGGGAGCUGCCGUCGCUGUCCGGCAGAUACAGGCACAGAAAGCCCGCCGGGUUGCACAUGGUGCUGCCUCCCCACCUUUGCACUGACUCGCAGAAGGACAAACCGCCACCCAGCUGCUAUUUUAGCACUUUGCUUUUGCUUUGUUCCCUCCACUCGUGCUUUUCCUGGGCCCAUUGGACCAACUCGGCAGACGGAAGACUUCAGCUGUGUUUCGUGAGCCCACCUUCCUGCCUUUCUUCCCGGUGGAGAUGUAGGGGACAGUUAGGAAGGAGUCAUGACCGAAGAGCACACAGGUGUGAGCAGGCACGCCGGGCGUGAGGUAGGGCGCCUGCAAAGGCACAGCCGGAAGCAGUCUGGGAGCCUGGCCUGUUCACCAGAGCUGACUCUAAAGCUCCUCUUCCUGAAUGGAUCUUUUUGAGAUGAGGAACAGGAUUCUCCUCAGGCUAAUGUUUGGGGAAAUGAGUGAAAGGCAGGCUACUGACCCCUGCAAAGAAGCUUCUGCUCUUUGAUAGCUGCCAAAGCCAUUAUUAGUCCGCGGGACAGCAGUUGUGGUUAUGUUAAUGUGUCUGCCAGCACAAGCCCUUAGGAAAUGGGAAGGUGCUCUGCCUGAAUAAGCUUGUGUUUUGGCCUAGUUUUGGGGGGAUGAGAUUGCAUUUGGGAAUUGCAGCCUGGAAUUAUGGGAGAUACAUAUGUGAGCACGUAUCUAUGCCCAUAUAUACUUUUUUAAUUAAGUUUUUAAGUGGUUUUUGCAAGCUUGUGAGAAAAUCAGGUAAAUUCACAGAGGAGGCAAUUCUCCAUUAUUCCAAUGACUUUGUGUUGCUGUUAAUACUCUCCUGGGACGUAAAGGUGGAGACGCUGGGAACGGUGUUCCCACCUGGUUACAAGUCCCAAGCUGUUUGGCUUAAUGGAAGUGCAUGUUCCCUCGUGCUGACCUGAGUCACACCAGGAGCUUCUUCCCUUGGGAUCAACUCACGCAGCAGAACAGGGACAGCUCCAUGACAGGGGCCUCUUUCUGAGGUUAGGGCUCGGCAGAGGAUCAUCCUGAAACGAAUGUACUGCCUGCCAUGCAUGUAGUUUGGAAACUUUACACUAGAUUGUUGGGUGGGGUUGUCUUUUCCUAAGUAAAAAAAAAUCCCACAUGCUUUUACAGAAAGCACAGAGCAUCUCCUGAUUUUUCUGUGAUUGACUACAAGCUCUCUCACAAAGCUGGCAUUUCUUUGCCUUUGCUCGUUAGCAAGAAGUAGACACAGAGGUAUUUGAAAGCAGUUAUGUUAUGAGUCAUUCUUGAUUGUUCUGAAUAAAUUUCACUAAGAAACAGACUAGGAACUUGGGAUUUAAACAGAUUUUUCUAUCAUUUUUAAAGAGACAACACUGUCAUGAUCAAACCUUCCUGGCGGGAGUCCCCUCCUGGCCGUGUACCGGCAGCCGUGAGGGCGGUGACACUGGGGAGACUCGGCCGCUCUGCCAUCGGAGUGAUUAAAACCAGAGAACUCUCAAGCUCCUUGUGGCUUUUGCACUGUCUUCUGAUUCUUGCCAUUUUACUAAGCUCAGGUUGUGAAACUUGACAGAAAAAUAUCACAGGGAAAAUUAUGUCAUUUGACUUUUUAACACAUUGAGAAAUUUCAAAGCUACUUCAACUUUCAACUGCCUAAUAGAAGUGAUCGCUUUACUAAUGAGCCAGAGUAAGAUGCUGUGACCCUUCAAUCUGACCUCAUGGAAAUUUUCCACUCACGAAAGCCCUCUUUCCCCUACGCACUGGCGCGCCCGCUCAGCUGCUGGCAGCAGAUCCACAGGACCUGAGCUACCAGUGAGACUUUCUUACUGUUGUCUGUUCCGCACAGAUCAACCCCUCAAACAAGAUUGCUUAAUGCCAAAAUUGACCAACGCUUGUUACCACCUAUGGACCCCUCUUUCUUUAUCAAGAGAUUAUUUUUGCCAGUCCCAAGUCAUUUUAACUUACAGAAAUUAGGAUCUUUGCUGCUAAUAUGAAUACUAACUAUAACUUUUACUUUAAAAACAAGAAUAAAGCCUAAGAAAAAUUGAAGUGUAAGGAAUUUUCAUUCCUACCCCUAAUAACAUUUGGGAUAGGGCAGUUCCUGUUCCCCUACCCCAAAGGGCUUGUGGUUGAUUUUUAAUUUUCUAGGAAACAAUACUGGACUACCCGGAAAGAUGUUGCUGGAGUCCAGGUAGAAUUACACACAGGAAACAAAUGCAAUUUUCUUCUACCUGAAAAAAGAAAUUAGCAUAUGUCCUGUUAAUUUGUGUUCUUAAUGACUAGGCUUAAAGUUUAUUUUGGAUAAGACUAGAACUUUCAGCAAUUUAUGCUAACAUCUGUGUUGUCUGUCAGUAUUUAUGAAAAGAAGGACAAAGGUAACUUGAUCAGGAUGUUUGGUCCUGCGUGUAAGCCGUGUUGUGGCUAGCUAGCCACGGUCAGGCGGUGGACACCGUGCUCAACAUUCUGGUUUGCUGACUUGAAGCAUUAGAGAUUCAGCCACGUUUAAAGACUUGGUUAUGUAAGGCUGAGGAACCAAGCAGUCAGUGAGUCAUGGUUUUUCAUUUGCCAAGGUCAACAAACAGCACACACUCUUGCCGCUUGCCCCCAGUGAAGUCGGUGGCCAUUCAUUUAAUAAACAGACCAGGAGGCUUGGCAUCCGCACCCCACCCCCAGUACGGUAAUCCCCGAUAGAGAUGAGCAGGCUGCCUUUCACCUUAAAUGCAUUUUGGAACACAUUGAGUCACAGUCCUGAUUCCCAGAUCAGUCAUCUGCAUAAGAGAUGGUGGGGAAACAGAACCUCAGGUGAAACCUGUCGGCACUGCUGCUCUGCGAGAUUGUGCUCUCAUUCUGUUCUCAUCAUUCUGGCAACUCGGGCCGAUACCAGCAGUGCUUCACCCGUGGGCCUUCGGGACCUGAGGCGGGGGUUUUGGAGAGGUCAUUUCACCAAGAUGUUCCUUCUAAGGUUGUAUCCAUGCUAAACUAGAAUGGGUUAAAGAUGAGGAGGAGAGAUGUACCAUUCUCUCCUUUAAUAUUUAUGUUGGCUUACAAUACAUAAACACUGACAAGAGACACUUACAUGCUUUCAGGCAACUCUUUAUAAUACAAUACUUGUUCUUUGUCUAAAAUUCAAAUUAAAAAUGUUUUAAAUUUGUUUUGUUCUCUAUCGAGAUAGAAAAGAGGCCCCAAAUGAGUCUUCAAUGUUAAGUGAUGAGUAAUAAAGGACGCCUAAAAUGG